GUGGUGCAUUUGCCUCUGACGCCACUUAACUUUCUAGCUCUGGAGUGAGCUGACUUUCCCUGCCCUCACCCCUACCCCCAGGGACCUUAGCCAGAAUUAGAACGCAGGGGUUUCAGCCAAACCAUCCAGGAUCUAGAAAACAUGAAAAUCCCCGGAAUCCCAGUGUGGCCUGGGACUCAUUAACCGGGACUUGCAGAUGUAGUUGUUCACAUUAUCCCCAAAUUUCCCUUCCUUCCAAUCCCUCCUUCUAACCCGAGUGGGAGCUCCGCGAUGCUUUAGACUUCCGUGUGCCUGAAGAACCAACACCCCCCUCCCCGCGCCUCUCGGGCUCCGCUAACCCGAUUGCAGUUCUUCCAGAUUAAAACCAAGAAAAGAACUCGUUUAGGAAUUACUUUCCUUUGCCAACGCAGAACCCGAGCCCUGCGGAGCUCCCGGCGGCCAGGCCUCGAGGCGCUGCGGCCGCGCGGCGCGCCCCUGCCAGCGCGCACCAUGAACACCAUCGUCUUCAACAAGCUCAGCGGCGCCGUGCUUUUUGAGGACCGCGGUGCUGCGGAGCGGGAACGGGGCAGCCGGCCCUAUGGUGGCGUCCUGGACAGUGCCCACGCCCGCCCCGAGGUGGGCAUUCCGGACGGCCCGCCCCUCAAGGACAACCUCGGCCUGAGACACCGGAGGACUGGGUACGCGCACCCUCCCGGGACCCCCGCCCGCCUGCAGCCGGGACAGUGGGAGCGGGCCAGGCAGAACGGCGGGAAGGUGAGGCACAAGCGGCAGGCCCUGCAAGACAUGGCGCGGCCCCUGAAGCAGUGGCUCUACAAGCACCGUGACAACCCGUACCCCACCAAGACCGAGAAGAUCCUCUUGGCGCUCGGCUCGCAGAUGACGCUCGUGCAGGUGUCAAAUUGGUUUGCUAAUGCAAGACGUCGGCUUAAGAAUACCGUUCGACAGCCAGAUUUAAGCUGGGCUUUACGAAUAAAACUGUACAACAAGUAUGUUCAAGGAAACGCUGAGCGACUUAGUGUAAGCAGCGAUGAUUCAUGUUCUGAAGAUGGAGAAAAUCCUCCAAGAAACCACAUAAAUGAAGGGGGCUAUAAUAAUCCAGUUCAUCAUCCUGUGAUUAAAAGUGAAAGCUCAGUCAUAAAAGCUGGAGUGAGGCCAGAGUCACAGGCCAGUGAGGACUACGUAUCACCCCCCAAAUACAAGAGCAGCUUAUUGAAUCGUUACCUUAACGACUCCUUGAGACAUGUCAUGGCCACAAAUGCUGCCAUGAUGGGAAAGACAAGGCAAAGAAAUCAUUCGGGAUCUUUUAGUUCCAAUGAAUUUGAGGAAGAAUUGGUGUCUCCCUCAUCAUCAGAAACCGAAGGCAACUUUGUCUACCGUACAGGUUCCUGCCAUGAUCCCACCUGGCUCCUCCAAUCUGGUUUUCCACUACGGCAAGAGGGAGCUUUCUAUGAUCCACAUCUGAUCAUAGCACUGAUGCCCUGGAAAAUGGAUCCAAUAAGGGUGAUAGUGCAGCCAACAGGAAGGGACCAAGCAAGGAUGACACAUAUUGGAAGGAGAUUAAUGCAGCUAUGGCCUUAACAAAUCUUGCACAGGGCAAAGACACACUACAGGGAACUACCAGCUGCAUCAUCCAGAAGUCGUCACAUAUAGCAGAAGUAAAAACGGUCAAAGUGCCACUGGUUCAGCAGUUUUAAGAGUUUAUUGCUUUUCAAACCAAUUGCCAUUCUUCACGUCAGUGUUUUCCCAUAAAUCCUCAUCUUAAGAGCUGAAGCAGAAAUGAAAAUGACUCCCUUUUAAACCUCUUCUUAUUUUUAAUUAUCCUAAAUACAUCAUUUAGUUGCUUCUAUAAAAGACAUAUAAAUUAUAAAAACCUCACUUUAAUCAAAAAUAGUAACUUAUUUUAUGUUACUAAAACUAUGCAUCAAGUGUCUGCAUUGCCAUUACAGUAAGUGCCUUGCUUCCCAAAUAUCAGCAACAACGUGGGCAGAGCAGAGCAGCUAUGCCUCAAAUGACAGCGCCACAAAGCUUGUUAGUCUGUGUGUGUCACUCCAGAUGGGCCUAACCAUUCAGGACUGAAACCACAAUCACUGAAAGCCCUCACAACGUAUUCAGUAACUCACAUGUUAAAACUUGGAAAUCUAUUCAGCCCAAAUGAAACAUUCCUCUAAAAAAAGCUUUCGCAGCAUUUAAAAUUGUUCAGCAUGCUUUUCAGAGUGACAGUGAGAAUUUCAUGCAUGUAUCUUGCCUGCCUAUCUGACACACUACAAAGUUCCAAAAUGAAAGGAGCGGUGAUCAUAUAAUAUGUACACUUAAGAAGAAUCCCAGUAAAUACAUUGUGAUCUGAAAAACUUUUUCCAAGCAUUGCUGGAAAAUACCACAAUGCCCUUUAAAAUUAAUUUGGAUUUUCUUUUUCUUAAGUUUUGCUGAAGUUUUUUAAAAUUUUAUUAUAUAAAUUACUCAGAAUUUUCCCGUGUAGAACUAAACCUAUAGUUUAGUUUUAACACGUAAUCCUGUUUGCAUUAGAGGUCAGUGCUUUUUGUGAUGGAAACUUUUUCAUAUGGAAUGGCUAAAAAACCUUUUAGCUGGUUGAUUUCGAAUUAUAAUUGCUGAUGCACAAUUUGUAUUGCAAUGAGAACAAGACAAUGAAAGAAAUGUAUCUCUAUGUGAAUAUACACAUACCCACAUAAAAUUGGUUUUUAAAUUUAAAACAUAUGGAAAACAAAACAUUGACAGUCUUUGAAUUUUGCCAAGUAGGAUGUUAAAGUAGUAAAAAUUAAGUGAAAUCGUGCAUUAAAAGAAAGAACAUUUUGUUUCUAAAUUAGACUAUCAUUGACAGAGAGUAAUCAAUAUCAAGAAAGAAGAAUAUAGUUUUCAAUCAAACAAUAAUAUUCUAAUCAGCUUGGGGAAAAAGACUUGAAACUUGAAUAAAUAGUAGAAAUGCCAAAUAUAACAGAGUAUAUGUGCUACAGAGAAGUAAAAAGGGUUUGACUCUUUUAUGGUGGGAUGUUUUUUCUGGGUAUGUAAUGUAUUUUGUAAUUUUUUUUUAACUGGAAAGCUUUUUUGUGAGUGUGAAUGAGAGCCAGUAGUGCAGCCAUGUGGUGAUAUUUUUCUUUAUUCUGCAAAACGCUUUUAAAACCAAAGGCUGCUCUAGUUGAUAUAUGGACAAUAUCAAUCUUGAUAUAAAUUGUAGGACACUUUUUCAUGUAACAUAGCAUUUGGGGAUUGGGUUUAUUUAGUGUAAUGAAGAUAAUUUGAUAUAAAAAUAUUUUGUAUAUAUAUAUUUUUACUUUGUUUUCUAAAUUGCUGUUUGCAGUAACAGUAAGUGCAAAGCAAGAUAUGUUAAGUUAUGACUGUAUGAUCAGAUGAAGUAUGAGUUCUUUCGGUUUACAACCUUAAAUAGUUACAGAUCCAUGAUAAAAACUUUGGAAUCUUUAUAAAUUAAUUUUGUCAAAAUGUGGUCAUGUUAAAGAAAACUAAGGACAAGUACUUCACUCUUUUUCAUACUAUUAUAAGUUAUUCUGGUAUUAAAUAUUUUAAUACAAUUGAUUUUUGUUUUGACAUAUUUCAGUUAGAUGAAUGGAUGCUGGUUGUUUUUUAUUUGAAUGAGUCAUAAUUCAUUUUUGCCAUUUUUUAAAAAAGAAUCAGCAAAUUUGUUCUGUGUUAUAAACUAUGGAUGACAAGUCAAUAUAGGAGAGCUUUCACAUGAUUUUUUUAAAUACCAAAGCUUGGAAUCUGGCCUAUAAACACAUCAAGAAGAUUUUGUAAUUAACACAUCCUUGGCAAUAUCUCCAAUUGCAAUUACUUUUAAUUUAUUUUUUCUUUUGCUGCUUUAACAUUUUCUGGAAAUUAAAGUCCCUCCAUCCUUUAAAAGAAUCUUGAACAAUGCUGAGCCAGCAGCUAAGAAUCUAACUCAUAAUUUAUGUUGUAGAGAAAUAGAAUUACCUCUAUUCUUUGUUUUGCCAUAUGUAAUCAUUUUAAUAAAAUUAAUAACUGCCAGGAGUUCUUGACAGAUUGAAAAUAAAAGUUAAUUUCUAGACCUCAA